CGCACCGCGCUGCCGCGCCCCACGAUCGAAGCGAAGGGUCGGGCCGCUGGGUCGGGUGUUCGGCGUGGCCAAGGAGGCCGACGGGCGGGACAGGCUGUCCUGGACAGCACCCGCAGGACCCACACCGUGCCACACCGCGCCACACGACCCCCAGGAUACGCAGGAGAGAGGCCGGUAGGCCGGCCGCACCGCGUGAGCGACACCGCGUCGGCGCCGACACUGCCGACCGCGGCGCGGGACGUUCGGGACGUUUGGGACGUUCGGGCUGCCAGUGCGGGUGGCGCCCAGUGCGGCCAGUGCGGCCAUUCGCCUAGUGCAUCAGUGUUUGUGCAGUGAGAGUGCGUGAGAGUGGUGGUGGUUGUGUGACGCCCACUUCCAUGGGGGUCGGCGAGAGCUGAUGCUUGGUUCGGCGCAGCUCGAUCGGCCCCUCGGCUCGUCUCGUCUCUCUUCUUCUCGGAUCGGCUCGGCUCGCCUCGACGUCUGCUUGAUGGACGCCGGCCAUGGCGGACUAUGGCUGUCCCGAUGAGUCUGCGUUGGUACCGGCGGCGUUCGCUCGGCGCUCGCACCUCACGUGUCUCGGUGAGGACGAGCGGGUCUCCAGACGGUGCUACUGAUCGCUAGGAUGGGCGGAGCGCGGCGAACCGCAAUAGCUGUCUACCUGCGGGCCACAGGUGCUGGGAGCGGCUGGGCCUGCUGACGGCCUGAACGCCCCGCGAAGAUGGGCCUGAGGGUGCACCGCAUCGUACUCGUCAUAUCCAUCUUGUGCAUCGCAGGUCUCGCAGGGCGUGCCACCAACACCUUCGGGGAGGAUGAACUUCCAUGGGAGAACAGUGAUUUGGCAAGCGCGAGGGACAGGAUGGUGUUUACAAACAGGAGAGAUGACGACGACCGCUACCCGUCACGGGAUGAGCACUACGAGCAGCUCAACCUGGAGGCGAAGCGCCUGAUCGCAGAAUACCCGGAGAACCAGCAGAUGGUAUCGAGCAUCGGCGUCAAGCCCUACGACAUCAUCUUCCCGGUGCAGGUCCGGCACCACGUCAAGAUGGGCAUCUCCACGCGGGACACUUCGCAGAAGAACUCGGUGCGGCAGUACGAAGCAUACGGACCAGUCAACAGAAGGCCAAAGCAGUCGAGGAACCACUUCGCCAAGACGUCGCUGUACAUCAAGAUCCUGAACCACUACUUCGAGCUGCUGCUGGAACUCAACACGCAACUGCUGGCGCCCAACCUCAUCCAAAAGCACUUCCUUCCAAACGGCGCGGAACAAACGACCAAACAGGAGAUCGAGCACUGCUACUACCAGGGCGAGGUGCGUGGCAUCCCCGGCGCCGUCGGGGCCUUCCGGACCUGCAGCGGCCUCAGCGGCGUCAUCCAUCUGGGCAACGAGACCUUCGUCGUGCACCCGCUGUACGGCGGCGACCUCUCGCAAAACCACCCGCACGUCAUCUUCGCGGCGCACGACCGCGGCGGCAAGCACGGCUGCGCCAACGGGCUGGAGGUGGACUACGGCGGCCGGGGCCGCGCGCGCCGGCAGCGCGGCGUCUCCAACAAGCGCAUGGCCUUCGACACGCUGCUGGACGACAUGGUGCUGCCGGACAACGUGAACCGCGACCUCUUCAAGGGCUUCGUCGAGAUCGACAAGGACGACGACGUGGACGACGGCGACGAGGACGACGACGAGGGUGACGAGGACGCGGAGGCCGAGGACGUGGAGAAGAAGGGCAAGGAGGAGGCCGUCAAGAGGAAGCCGGCCGCGAAGGGCAAGGCGGCCAAGGGCAAGGACAGCAAGAAGAAGCGCAAGCGGAAGCUAAUGCGGCUCAAGAGGAACAUCCAGGGCAUGACCAAGUUCAUCGAGCUCGCCCUCGUCCUGGACAAGUCCAUGGUCGCCAAGUUCAGCCGGCGGACCGGCUACACCCGGGAGGACAUCGUCCACGACGCCCUGCAGAUCGCCAACAUCGCCGACCUGUACUUCCGGACACUCAACACCCGGGUGUCGGUGGUGUACGUCGAGACGUGGAAGGAGGAGAACCAGGCCACAAUCGAGGCGUCCGACAUCGGCAAGACGCUGCGCAACUUCCACGAGUACACGAGCAGGACCCUCUUCGGCAUCAGCAAGGACACCACGCAGCUGCUCAGUGGUGUGGAGUUCCCCGGCGGCCAGAUGGGCAUGGCGGUGCCGCACACGCUGUGCUCCGUCAAGGCCGUGGGCAUCGCCGUGGAGAUGAACGUGUACGAGCCCCACCAGCUGGGCGGCAUCGUAGCGCACAUGAUCGGCCACAACAUCGGCAUGCUGCACGACGACGCCCGCGAGGAGUGCUUCUGCAAGGACUGGCACGGCUGCAUCAUGGCGCAGUCCAUCAUCGGCCAGAACCACGUGCUGCCCUACAAGUUCUCGGAGUGCUCCUUCAACGAGUACAUGGACGUGCUGCGCGUCGGCGAGGCCAUGUGCCUGCUCAACAAGCCCAACGAGAUCCCCGCGACCGGCGGCACCUGCGGCAACAAGAUCGUGGAGACGGGCGAGGACUGCGACUGCGGCACGGUGGACGAGUGCAAGGAGGACUCCUGCUGUGACUCCAUCACCUGCAAGUUCGCCGCCAACGCCGAGUGCGCGCGGGGGCCGUGCUGCACGCCCGAGUGCACCCUUCGGGGCCCGGAACACAUGUGCCGCGAGUCGGGCGGCGAGUGCGACCUGCCGGAGUACUGCUCGGGCGAGUUCAACAUCUGCCCCACGAACCUGUUCAAGAAGAACGGCACGCCGUGCGGCGAGGGCUACCCGACGGGCAGCUUCUGCUUCAACGGGACGUGCCCCGUCCGCGACAUGCAGUGCCAGCGGAUCUGGGGGCAGGAGAGCCGCGCGAGCGACAACGAGUGCUACGAGCACUUCAACGUGAAGGGCACGGAGAACGGGCACUGCGGCCAGGCCAAGGACGGCCAGCUCAAGCCGUGCGACAGGAGCCACGUCAUGUGCGGGUCGCUGCAGUGCUCUGGCGGCAACACCAAGCCCAUUGGCGACGACUCGGAGCACUCCAACAUCCAGACCACCAUCAAGGGCCGCGAGACCCAGUGCAAGGCGCUGCACGACACCAAGGGGCUCGUCAAGGACGGCACGCCGUGCGGGGAGAACUUCAUCUGCCUGAACCAAACCUGCACCAGCAUCUACCCGCACAUCGACAAGGACAACUGUCCUAGCAACCACGGCAACCAGGAGUGCUCCGGCAACGGGGUGUGCACGAACGCCAACCGAUGCUACUGCAACCCGGGCUUUGGGGGGCCCGACUGCUCCACGCAGGUGGCGUACGCCACCGUCACGGAGAUGCCGACAACCACCACCACCAAAUUCGACCUGUCGAGCAAAAUGACGCAAAAGGAAACCCCCUACGAGACCACGGCGUCGAACAACGUGUCCACCCUGUCCAUGGUCAUCACCCUGGUGACGAUGGUGUUCGGCGUGUUCCUGUGCUUUGCCUCCGUGGCAGUCUACUGCUACAGGAGAGGCCCCCGGCCCCGAGACAUGCAGUACACGGCACAGCAGGCGUCCGUAGCGCGCUACCGCAGUAGGGAGGCCAUGAACCACCAUGCGUCGCCCGAGCAGGCCGCUCUCGACAUGGUCGACAAAAUGACCAACAACAUGUUGUCCCACGGCGGCCUCAACAGCUCCAUGGGCACGCUGGGCCCCCUCAGUCAUGCCGACUCCAGAAGCGCGCUCACCCGGACUUCCAACCACUUGCCACCAGGCGCGCAGGCUGCUAACCGCAAGCAACAGGAAAUGCAUCAAAUGCAAUCGCUCAAGAACAGGAUGGCACAGGCUAGCGAUGACGAACAGACGCAUUCUGGUAAGCGGACCGGACACGUUUUAGUUGUUUUUGCUUUUUGGUGCGGUGCUGAACGCGCUGUCGUUUGUGCAGUGCCAGAGAAGGGAAUCCUGAAGAAGACGUACGGGUCGGUCGUGCCCAUGGACGGGGGCGAGGACUCGACGUCGGACAACCAGGAGGUGUUGUCGCAGUCCGACAACCUGCUCAGCUCGGAGCAGGUGGAGCACAAGAUCCGCAGCCUGGACGGCUACACACGCAGCAUGCUGGAGGCGCUGCACACGGCCCGCAACAUGCAGCACCAGGGCCACAGCUCGGGCGGCAACAACACGCCGUCCGGCACCGGCUCCUCCAUGCUCACCGAGGAGAUCAUCCGGCGCUCCCUCGAGGGCUCCGUAUACCCGCCCUACGCCAACAAGCGCUCCUCCAGCCAGGAGAAGAUCUGCGACGAAGGCCUGGGCAUGAUGCCGUCCAUGGUGGAGGUGCAGUUCCCCCACGGCUACCAGUACGGUGGCUACGGCGCCCACACUGGGAUGGGCACCCACUCCGGGACCCACUCGGGGACGCACUCCCACGACGAGGACGACGACGGGCCUCCGCCCGGCAGCAGGCCCAUGACCAUCAGGAACCUCACGGAGAGAGUGGGGUACAGCGGGGAGUUUCACUUCCCCGUCUCUAGCCUCCCGUCGGAAUCCUGUCACUCGAACGGACUCCACUGGCAUGCCGGUGCAGGAAAGGAUAUAAUUCGACAGAUGGAUGCCGUCGGUAGGCAUAUAAGUCCGUCUGGAUCGGAGGACCUGCAGGAGAGGAUGUUCUUAGAAGGAUCUGAAUCAAGUCGGCGGGGCUCGCGGGCGGGUCGCGACGACAUGUCGUUUGUGCUGGGCCGGUUUCGGCCGAGCGCCAACCGGCACGGCAGCGGGGGUUCGGCGGGGUCGUCCCACUACGGCGGCCACCCGUACCCCGGCCACGCCUUGCACCACCAGCUCCCCGACGAGGAGUCAAUCUAUGAGACUGCCGACCCGGACCGGUCCGGGACCCAAAUCCUUGGCGACACUCCCGACACCGAGAGUGAUGACUGUGUUCAAGCUCGUCGAGUGACGGCAGCGCGGUCGCCUAGCGCUGAUCGCGCGGCCAGUGCCUCGGCCGCGACCAAGAAGGUCGUCGUCAUGGAGGGCGCCGCGUCCGCUCCGCUGCACCGCGCUAAGUCGCCGAGCGCGACGACGUCGAGGACGCCGUCGCGGACGCCGCCCGGCAGCGCCAAGCGGGAGUUCUAUCACUCGCCGCCGUCGUCCUCGUCUGACACGAUGGACUCGGGGCCAGAGCUGCCGGGCGACGCGGCUGCAUGCGCCGCCAAGCCCCCCGGUGCCGCCAAGCACGCCAAGCACCACCACGUCAACGGCAACGGGGUGGGCGGCGGGGUCGGCGGGGACGGCGGCAGUGGCGGCUCUUCCAACGAGAGCAACCGGGACUCUGAGGACGAGUCGUCUCGCGAGACGGUGGCGUCCUCGUCCGGGACGGACUCGCGCCUCGUGCCAGUGCCCGGAGCAGUGCCCGGGGCAGUGCCCCCCACGAACUCGGCCGCCGCCUCGUCGUCCUCGGCCUCGGCCUCGGCGGGCUCCAGCGCGGGCCUCGGCCAGAGCCACAAGAAAAAGUACCCCGAGUACAAACACUGAGUGCGUCCCGGCCAAGGCCCGGCCAAGGGGCCACGGCCUCGCGUGUGUCGCCAACAAAGCAAUCCGCCACAAAUGUGUGUCAAGUACAAGACUCAAACAAUUUGCCUAGGAAGAGUUUAAGCCGUUUGAAAGUUCUUGUUUUUGUUUUGUUUUGUAAUUAAAUGUAUGAUAUUAUGGAAGUAUUAAAACGUUUAGGAUAAAUGUAUUAUACAGAAAAAUGUAUUUUAUGUCGAUUCCCUCCGAUGAUUGGUAUUGGUGGCGUUAUCCACAAUGAACCCAGCGUCUCUUUGCCGCUGGCAUUGAACAUUAUUGGGGUCUUGAAUCCCCUUACUCUCCGGUCAGUUGGUGAUGCACCAGAAGCGUUUUGUAAAGAUGCCUGGACUAAAAAAACGCUUUAUUCAUGAAUGAAAACACCUCCAUCAGGAAGCUGCCAGUCCUGAAGCUGUCUUAACGUAGUGGAGGAGGAAUACCAGGGUUGUCUGUUGUGUGAUUAGCUCAACAAAGGCUAUCUGAAAUAUUAGUAAUGUUUAGAUGAAAGUGUGCAAUAAGGAUACAAUGUUCCAACUCAUGAUGUAACAAAAUUAAGAGGUGUCUACCAUCUAUGAACACUGUGAAGAAUGUGGUUUAUUAGUAAUUUAACCACUGAGAUCUUUGCUUUGUUUGCAAGAAAAGGGAUAUCACAAAGUAAAAUGUGGAAGAUGUGCCUCACCAAAGAAAAGCAGUGUUGGCAAUCAAUAUUUAUUAAUUUUUUUUUUAGGAAUUUUUGCACUUUUGGAAUGUAAUUGAGAGUUGAAUCAAAGCAAAACACACUUGAUUAUUUCUGCUUCUUUUCAAUCAUGAAUGGACUUCGUUAUUAAUCAAAAUAAGAAACAAUUGGCAAAGGUUUUACGAAUAAGUGAUGUUGUGAUUGAAAUUCACCUCAUGACCUUCAUUGCAAUGCUCCAAAAAUUAAGCAAAGAUCUCACCCUUGGGUUUUAUGAAAUAUUACUGACUGCUCCUUAUUUACUCUACAUGUGUAAAACCAUAAGAAUCACUUCAUCAUUCAUAGCUGGGGAGACAGGGGCACAUAUUUCUGUAAGAAUUGAGUGUCUUGCAGUUACCGUGAAAGCGGCAAUAUGGACGCCCAGCGGAUAAUGUGGACCACCCCUAAAAUUUUUCUAUAUAAUCGGUGAUGCUGCUCAGCUGUGGCAUCAAAAACAGUUUCGGCUACUUGCAUCUAAGUACCUUAGCUCGAACCGAUUAUUAAGAAGAAUUUCAGGGGUGGUCCACAUUACCCACUGGUGGUCCAUAUUACCCGCAUUUACGGUAGUUCUUCUUUUUUAUUUUAAUUAUUUUAUUCUUGAAGCUUUGUGCUUUUCACACAUUGACACCUUGAUUAUAUUGCAAUGGACAAAAAAGCUUCAGUGAAAAUGCCCAAAACACCUUCACUUUUCCUCUGUUUCAGUCGUAAAUAAUCAUUUUGCAUGGCCACUGAAUUCCCAGCUACUUCACUUACACCAAUUCCUCAAUCCUGCUCUUAUCAUUUGCACAUUACGCAGUUUUAUCCUGUUUUUUUUUUUGUUUGUUUGUUUGUUCGUUUAUUUAAAUUGUCAUACAUGAGUCUAUUUCAAGAAUUCCUUUGUCAAUUUGGAUUUGGAUGGUGAUUUAAACCAUGGCCACAAAUAAUCUGGAUGAUAUUUGUCUGUAAGAUCAAAACUUGCUCAAGCAUUGAAAGAAAAUGAAAAUGUAAGAGAAAGGUUCUGUUUCACAUUAGACCUGUUGCAUACAGUCUCUGUUUGCAAUAGUAGCAAAAGGAUGUAUUUUGUAAUUGUUACUUUGUUUAUACACUGUUUCUCCAUGAUGUUUGUUUCCAUUGUUAUUUAUUUUUUAGCUUUAAUUUAGCUGAAUCCAUGUCUUUUCUAGCCCACUUUAUUUCAAAAUUGGUUUGCUCACCUCUUGUCAACUCUUAUCAAAGAUUCAAUUUGUGCCAAUCUAAGCCCCAAAGACCAACAAAGAGUGAAGCACUAAACAAUAGCAAAUAUGCAAUGGUGAGCUAAGUUUAGGGAUUUUUUAAUAUAUAUAAAUAUGGAAUUAUAUACGUAUAUAUUAAAUAAAUGUAAACAUAAUUUUUUUAUAUGAAAUAUUUGCUCACAAAUAAGAGCCUCGCUACUGUUCGGCGAGUGUGUAUAUGUUUAAGUGUUGACAUAUGCACUGCAGUGAACCUAAAUGAUGUGGUGUAUGGUAUUGUGAACUUUCUUGAUCAAUUUAACCCUAGCAAGAUAAAGGAAAAAAUAUUAGUAUCUGGAUGGCUAUAUUCACAUAGACCUGAAAAAGAUUAGAUAAUUCAGAUGAAAUUGUUUGUUUGGAAAUAUGGGACUGGAAAACAAUUUACUGGGUCAAGCAACAUUUCCCGGGAUGCAUUCUUUAUUUGACAAGUGCAGCAUCAUGGCAAAUUCAAGGCCUAAUAGAGAGAAGUAACUAUAUUAUUGAUGAUUAAUUAGAAACACUAUGUUGUAAUCAUUCAUUCUGUUUCCUGUAGCUCAUAGUUUGUUUACUGAGUUCUCAUGGGCCAUCAAAAUUUGCUGAGGUUGAUACCAAUUUAUUCAUGUGAAGGAGAAAAAUUAACACACUCUUCUUAUUGCAAUUAUGCUAGAUACAUCUUUGCAGGUACCAUGAAAGUGGGUAAUAUGGACCACCAGUUGGUAAUGAGGUCCACCCCUAAAACUUUUCUCUAUGAGCUAUCGGUGAUGCCGCUCAGCUGUGGCAUCAAAAUCGUUUCAGCUACUUGCAUCCGAACCAAGUAUGCCUUGGCUCGAACCGAUUAUUAAGAAGAAUUUCAGGGGUGUUCCACAUUACCCACUGGUGGUCCAUAUUACCCGCAUUUAUGGUAAUCCAGGAAAAGCGAGUAUUGCUAACUGCUGGCAGUAGCACUGGAGAUAUAUUUUUCCCCUGUUGGUGUGAUGAUUCGCAUAUUUUGCUUUGUAGAUUUUUCAGGGUAACAGUCUGGCUGUGUAUUGUAAUUUUGUCGGCCAACCUAUGCAUAUCCCUUGCGUUUGUACAGUUCAAAAAAGCGCAUGUCGACCGAACAUUUUUACCAAGCUACUGCUAUAUUCUAAAUUUUCAUUGAAAUAUAUUAGUCUUGCAAGAUUAGUCUAGCAUAAUUGCAAUGAGAAUGACUACUGCAGCUGUUAUUUACAUCCUAGUUUAUUUGUGUUUUCUUUCUAAAUUAUUGAAAGACUUAAAGAGCCCAAUGGAAGGCUUGAUUGUAUACCAAGCACUUCUGUGAAAUAAAUCUGAGUAGACAAGCAAGGUUUUACAAUAUCAUGGAACCAAUGAAAAUAAAAUCAAAACUCUUACUAAGGUCUGUUAUGCAUGCAUUUCAGAGGCCGCAAAUGGUCAUGACAAAGUUUGAAGUGACACAUUGGUGCAGGUUCCUUUGUAAUAAUGACUCAUGAGUUCUAAGGUAUGUAUUAUGUUCCUCUGUGAGGAAAUUAGUCGAAAGAGAAAAAGAUUGAACUCUGUAAAACACAGAAACUGAUCAAAAUUGCUGCCAGCUCUAAAGCAAUCAAGUAUUCUAAGCGCUGCAGCACACUUACUUUUUUUUAAUAUUAGUAAAUCAAACCAUUGAAAUAAAUUCAAUUCGCUCAAAAUGUAUUAAAAUCGCUCAGCUGCAGUGCUGCACUCUGCUAUCUUGUUCCUAUGGGUCAGUGCAAAGUGUCCUCUCUCUUAGUCUCCUCUGAUUGUUUAAUUGUUUGUUUUGUAAUUUAUCUGUAACUUCUGGGGCACAUUAACCUUCCACCAAGCCACAAGGUCAGUUGAGCUGCUGUUCCCUUCUUCUUCCUCUCAUUUGAUGUGCUUAUCAAGAGUUCACCCUUUGUGGACUAUUUAACUGCACAUUCAAAAUAUCAAUAGCACACUGUAACUCCAAACAUUAGGGUCAAAUGUGGAAACGCCAUUUGUAUAAAAAAUCGUGAUACACUAAACCAAGAUGAAAGGGUUCUUUGUAAGUGAAUUAUUUUAUUUGAAAACAUUGUUAUGGGUUUUUGGUGAACAUUGACUUUUUGUUGAAUGAUGAACAAAAUAAAAUGUGAUAAAUAUAUA